AAAAACCGCAAGCGAAAUGAGAAAUAACAUAGCUUAUUUUAAUACCUAGAAGAAUAAGACUGCAGGUCGCCAAACGUGUCUUUCAAAAGGGAGGGUGAUGAUCAAAGUCAGCUAAAUAAACGACGCGUUGCAGAUCUUCUAACUUCAUCCCAGACGAUGAAGCUACUCUGAUGGAAAACGGAAGCUGCCUUGUGUGUUCUCACCGUCCUGUGUUUGACACUGUUGAUAUGCUCAUGGUGCACAGGAAGGGAAAGCGACACCUUGAAGGAAUGAAAUGGUUCUAUGGCAAAAAGAAUCACCUGCAACGUGAAAUUAAUAAAAGAAGACAUCAAGACGAUGUUAAAGAUGAUCAACAGGAACCUUCCAGUUCAGUUCCUCUGAGCCAAACACGUAAAAUUACCCAUCAUGCCCUACUCAGAAGUGCUCCAUACAGUAGCUGCCACAGAAAGGCCAGUGAACGAUUGGAAUCAUCAGGAUGUGGCCUAGAAGACAGAAAAGAUCAAAUCAACAACACCAACUCAUCAACUCAUUCGUCCAUUAGGACAGGAAGUAUUGACUCCAUAGCAACAACUAGUUCAACAGUACAUCAGGGACAGACUAAAGAAAACAGAGACAAAGAGGAGGAAGAACGGAUCCAGCACUGUAUGUGAGCCUCAAACAGAUGAGAGACGCAAUACAUUUAAACUCAACUGCGUGCGAGAUGAUAAAAUUGUCUCUAGUCACAGCUCUCAUAUGUCAUCUCUGUGACCUACUUUACAUACAAUAAGGUCAAAACUUUAAGACAUUCUUUCUGGAAAAGAGAUUGUGCUGUUGCAUUUUGCAAACUGUAUUAGUACUAUGUACUUGCCAUCGUUUAAACAAUUUCUGAACCAACAGAGGUUAUUAUAGAAAGUGCAAAAAUAAUUGUAAUACUUCUAUGUGAAUAAAGUGAGGAGGUUGUGACCUCAUUGUGUUGAA